UCGAGACCCUAGCGAACCUGCCGCUAGGCUGUGUCGCCCUCACCCUUUGGUCCUCCCCAGGUCCCCUGUGGUUCCUGGGAAAGGAUCGGCCUCACCUGCGGCCCACCCUGCCGCCAGCACGGCCCUUCCGCCUGCUCAGCCCCUUCACCCGGCAGCCCCCGCGAGCAUCUUUGUCGCUUAGCGAUCGGCCCCACCUCUUUCUGGGCGUAUCCGCGCGGAAAAGCGCGGCCUCCAAAGGCUACCAAUGAGCAAUAGAAAAUAAGAUCGGAGGAAAAAUGACCAGAGAGAGCUGCCUCGUGAUUGGCUCUAAGGCGCCUCUGCUCGAGAGAUAGCAUGUUUGAUUGGCCAAUAUUGGUCGGCAGCAGUAAUUGGCAAGCCUGUGCACCAAUGACAAGGACCUGAGGCUGGGCUCGCGGCAAUCCCGCUCUGUAACCGCUCUCCGUCUUGCAGCCGAAGUCUCGUGCCGACUCCGGUCUGAUCACCGUUCUUCCAGUUGCAGACGCAGUCAGGGAGCCCGUCCCCUCUCUAACCGCCAUCCCUCCAUCAGUUGGGCCGGCCAGCCAGUCCUGCCGGUCAUCUAACCAUCUCCCUCUUGCUGCAGAAACAGCUGGUUGCCCCAGGCGCCAGGCCUGGGCUCCUCGCCAAAGUGGGUGGGUGGCAGGAUCAAAAGCAGCUAUUUCGGGACCCGGCGCGGGGCCCCUGGGGGACCAACCUAUACUGUUCGUGCCCGCGCCCCCUGGCCGCUGCUCACUUGGCAGACCCCGCUGGCCUGCGCACCGGAGGCUGAGUCAGAGGCACAGAAUUAGGCCAGGCCUGCAGCGCGGCUGGGCCCAGGGCCCGGCUCAGGGUGGGCGUAGGGUCUGCUCUGUGUCCUCCUGACAGCCUGGCCCGAGUACCACAUUCCCCGUACCCUGGAAUCCGCCUCCAGCCCGCCGUCUACGUCAUCCCCAAAGUCUGUGGGUCGGGGCUGGAUUAAAGGGCCUGGUGGCUCGCUCUGCGGUGGAGUUUUUGGACUCUGGGUCCCAAUCGUCGCACGUACUCCCCUCUCUGGCAAGGCUCCCCUCCCCGGCCUUAGUUUCCCCUUCCGGAAAAUGGGGAUCUUAAUGACACCUCCCUGGAACCCUUUACUAGGCAUCCAGCAGGCGCUUAAUAAAUUGCCAAGUAAUUGUUGGGGUUUCUAAAUAAGGCUCUGUUAGUGGCCAGAUCUGGCCGCGGUCCGGGUGUCCCUGGGCGGCCGUGAAGGGCGGGCGCAGGGGCGAGCUAUAAAGCGACGACCGCGCACUCAGAGGCACUGCGGCGCCCAGGGAGCGGCGGCGGAGGAGCAGGAUGGAGAUCCCAGUGGCUGUACAGCCGUCUUGGCUGCGUCGCGCCUCGGCCCCACUGCCCGGGCUUUCAGUGCCGGGCCGCCUCUUUGACCAGCGAUUCGGCGAGGGGCUGCUGGAGGCUGAGCUGGCUGCGCUUUGCCCCUCUGCGUUCGCCCCUUACUACCUGCGCGCACCCAGCGUGGCGCUGCCCACCGCCCAGGUACCGACGGAGCCCGGCCACUUCUCGGUGCUGCUGGACGUGAAGCACUUCUCGCCCGAGGAAAUCUCCGUCAAGGUGGUGGGCGAGCACGUGGAGGUGCACGCGCGCCACGAGGAGCGCCCGGAUGAGCACGGCUACAUCGCGCGCGAGUUUCACCGCCGCUACCGUCUGCCCCCUGGUGUGGACCCGGCCGCCGUGACGUCUGCGCUGUCCCCCGAGGGUGUUCUGUCCGUCCAGGCGGCACCCGCGCCAGCCCAGUCCUCGCCGCCGCCGCCAGCUGCCGCCAAGUAGGGCUCCGCGAUCGCCGGAACGCCGGAACGCCGGGAGCCGCUCCAGGCCCCCUCUUGUAAAGCCGACCUGACUCCGCCCAGCCAGAUGCCCCGAGCGCGCCUAGACCACACAGCUCCCAUCCGGGAUCCCGCCCUGAACCCUCCACCCUAGACCCAGCCGUGAUACAGACCCUUCCCCACACUCUCCAGCCUCCCAUCCUCACUGACCCUACUUCCUGGGCAGAUACUACCCCCUCAAGACUCUCUACUCCCUUCAGACUCUAGGUUAAAGACGCCUCUAACCCCCUACUCCUAACCACAUUAUGUUAGGUCUGCCCUCAGACUAGUCCGGCACAACCCCACCCACACACUCCCCAACCAUCCCAGACUCUGCAGACCUCACCCCCACACUGUGUAGGCCUGGUUCCCAAAACUCUGAUCCUUCUGCAACCGGACACUCCACUCUCUACAGACACAUCUGCUGACUUGAAACCCCAGCCUGCCACCCCCAGACUCUUAAGCCCCUCUUCUCACCCUCACCCUUGGACAUAUCCACUUUAUCCCAGGCCAACCAGAACCCCCACCCUCAAAUUGUACAGACAUCCCCCAGUCGCCCCAGACCCUCAGCCUCCAGCCAGAUAUCCUAGGCAACACACCUUCACACUCUGCCCCCUCAUCCUCCAAGUGAACCAGACACCCCUUCACUCCCACACCUUUCUCCCUCCUGGAAGUCCCUGCUGUCCCUGUCCACCACUCCUACCUAAGCCCACUCCAAUAAACGUGCUGGAGCUUU